AUGAGCGACUUUGAGGCACUUGACCCAACGCUGCAGAAUGUACUGGACCAGAAAUCGCUGAAAUGGAUCUUCUGCGGUGGAAAAGGAGGUGUCGGAAAGACUACCACCAGUUGCUCCUUAGCUGUCCAGCUCGCAGCAUGCAGAGAAUCCGUGCUUCUCAUCUCCACUGACCCCGCGCACAACCUUUCAGACGCCUUUUCGCAGAAAUUCGGGAAGGACGCAACGAAAGUAAACGGGUUCGAUAAUCUGUUCGCUAUGGAGAUUGACCCAAAUGGGAGUCUGCAGGAGAUGAUCGAGAGCUCCGACCAAAGCGGUGGAAUGGGAUCUAUGAUGCAGGAUUUGGCAUUCGCCAUUCCAGGUGUGGACGAGGCUAUGGGCUUCGCGGAGAUCAUGAAGCACGUCAAGUCGAUGGAGUUCUCAGUUAUCGUCUUUGACACAGCACCAACCGGUCACACUUUGCGAUUCCUCUCUUUCCCCUCAGUGCUUGAGAAGGCUCUGGGGAAGCUGAGUACCCUUGGCGGCCGGUUCGGACCCAUGAUAUCUCAGAUGCAAUCAAUGUUCGGCGGCGGGGCACCUCAAGAGGACAUGUUUGCCAAGCUGGACCAAAUGAAGGAGGUCAUCACCGAGGUGAACACUCAAUUCAAAGAUCCUGAGAAGACAACAUUCGUCUGCGUCUGCAUCUCCGAGUUCCUGUCGCUGUACGAAACCGAGCGGUUGAUCCAGGAAUUGACGACGUACGGUAUCGACACCCACAACAUCGUGGUCAACCAGCUGCUCUUCCCCAAGGCUACCAACAACUGCGAGCAAUGUACGGUCAGGCACAAGAUGCAGCAAAAAUACCUCAAGGAGGCGUUUGACCUGUACGAGGAUGGGUUCAACAUUGUGCAAUUGCCAUUAUUGACGGAAGAGGUGAGAGGUGUCGAGAAGAUAAAGGAGUUCAGUAGGAUGCUCGUCACACCUUACGAGCCACCAAAGUAG